GCCGCAUUACUGAGCGCACUCAAUCUCUAUGAUGGAAUCUCGCCAGCUUACUCCAGUGCUGUAAUAGUUGAACUCUACUCAGACGUAAAUGAUGACAAGUAAGACAAUUACAGUUGUUCAUGUGUUGAUCGAUGAGCAGUUCUAGUGAAAACAAAUGAAUGCACACAUGUUAUUUUUGACCAAACUCUUCCCCACCCAUCGAUUGAUGUAAGUUCACAUCACUUCAAAGUGUCUCCUGUCCUUUUCCAGUGCCAUUAGUAAGGUUUCUUGUAUGUCUCCUUUUUUGAUAUGUAACAAAUGUUAUCGUGUUGAGGUUGCUUUCGAUGUUCGAGAGAAUUGCACUAUGGCAAUGUUUGGGGUAGGGGUAGGGGGAAGGGGCAACAGAGAAUAAGCUAAUUGUCUCUUGGUAGAGGGUUGGAGAAUCAAUCACUUUUAUGGCCAUUUCGAAGUUGUGCUGGGACCGCAGUCAAAGUUCCUACCCCCAUACUACCCCAAUACAACGCUAAAAAAUAUGCAAUCAUCAACACUACACGGAUUCAGAUUCACGCACAACUGCAAGAGGCCUAUAGUAUUCGAUUGUCAAGCAUUUUCCCCUAAAUAAAGUUAAACGUGAAGUUGCAUUCGUGGGUACCUGUAUAUAUUAAAAAGGCGUUGAUCUUAUUCUUCUCUGUUUCUUUUGUUUGUGUUUAAUUGUUAGAAAAGACUUGAAAGUGCGUAUACUGUACCGGUUUGGCCAAAGUACAGACCCGAGAGUUCUUAAACUAUCCAACUGCAUCGAAUAUUGUCCCCUGGAUCAGUUCAUCAAGUAAGUUGCUCUUGUUUAAAAAUUAGGGUGGCUCCGGUCACACUGAAAACAAAAGUGAGCGAGUGAAUCAAAGGAUUCUUUUGUUUCACUCGUUACACAUUUGACUAACAAAGAACAAUGAUUGUAAUUGGUGAAUAUCGCUGUAUCACUAGCGCAGCGUAAAAAAUAGGUUUGGCAAAAUAUUCUCUCUCUUGAUUUUUUCACAAAUCUUUUCAUCACGAUCGCGCUUGACUAAAUAAGCCAUGAAAGCAGAACAUCCUUUUGUUUCUCGAAAGAAGAGGAUAAAGCAAGGUUCUGCCAGCUCUUUCUGAAUUACGUCAAGCCUUUGAAGUCGCCGCAGCCCGAACUUCUGAACUAGUCAGUCUUGUUUUCUCUCGUCAAACUAGUUUUUUCGAGUGCGACCAUCCGUUUAUGACAACUGAGCCUGCUAUACCAAGCGCACGGCUAUUAGGCCUGGGCUCGAAACUGUAUCCUAACAACAUGCAACGCAUGCUCAACAAAUUCAAGCAGACGCCAAAAUCGAGCAAGCGAAGGAAAGUCUUUUCUGGUAGAGUUGGCUAAAUAAUAUGUUGCAGGACUUGUGUUUUGAGCAACUCAACUUCGGCUAGACUUUGAAAAAGUUAUUCGUCCUUUAGAGCGUUUUCACUCACAUGGCCAGCAUGUAUGCUAAUUUAUUGGAACAAAAGAAAGCAUUUACAUGAGAAAAGAGUUCAACUCCCAGAGUAUUUUCUUUGUACACCAACGUGGCCGCCGUUUCAUAGAGCUAUUCGGCUAACUCAAUGUUGUACCCAAAUCAAACCCUUUGGGAAUAAAACGUUUUGUUUCAGGAAUUUCCAUAUCAUUUAAAUGUGAAUGCCACAUUAUAAUGCAAAUACAAUACACAAAGAGUCUUAUCCCCGGGAGAUUUGAAUUGGGUACAACAUUGAGUUAGCCGAAUAGGUCUAUUGUUUUAGAACACCAAUAUGGCCGCCGUGACGUCAUGUGAAAACGCUCAAUUUUAGUGAUUGUUCAGUUAUGUCUUCUCCCGCGCUCUUUGGCCGAAAAAAAGAAAGCGUGCAAGAAAAGUCGAUGACACUCGAGGAUUAUGAAAUUGUUGAUGAAUGUGGAAUUGAGUUGUUAAUUACUGUGUUGGCCUUCCCUUUUCAGGACGACUGCUGGUGUUAUUCCGGGUGAUCUGAACAAAGCUUGUGGCGUGAAGCAAGACAAAUUGUGCGUGAAGACCAUUGUCUAUAAGAGUAAGUUCUGUGCUAACCAUAAACUCUCAGUCCCUUUAAGACCUUGAUAUUGAAACUUAAAUAAUCUAGCUAAUUUGCGACUUUCACGUUCCCCAUAAUUUAAUUUGUCCUCCCCACAAAAUUUUACGUAAGUAUUGUUUUCAGAUUAUCUUUGGACUAACAAUUGCCCCUGAAGAAAUUUUUUUGGGGAAACAAAUUGUGUUAUGGAAAACGUGAAAGUCGCAGAUAAUCGAAAAUGGAUUCUCGUUUGCCAAGUACGUGAGCGAGCCUCAAAAGUCCACGAGGCGUGUGGCGACAUAGAAACCGCGCGUAUUCGUGCGAGUUAAAGAAGCUGUAAACUGUAAGUGCCCCGUGAUUCCGUUUGUGUGACUUACACAUAUUAUUACCUAUCAUAUGUGAUGGGAAACUGCUAUAGGUUAAAGUUGUAGAUGCAGAACACAAAAGCACGUUUGUUUUGCAAUUUUUUCCCCAAUGAGUCCCAAUAUCGAUUUCCAGGAUUAAUUUAUUUCAACAAUGAACAAUCAAAAUUUAAAAAACUGUUCUGCCCGCAAUUUUUAAAAACUGAAUCAUUGGAUAAUGCAUUUCUGGAGAUCUGACUGGCCUAGCCAUCAUGGUAUAUGAGCCAUUAUACCAUGCUCUCUAAAUAUGAUAACUGUACGUGUCUGCUCAAAAUUAAAAACAAGCUGAAAAUCGGUUGUUUUUACAAAUAAAGUCGUGAGAAAUUCUCGAUACUUUGUGCGCGUUUUCAAGAAAACAAUUAUUCCACUCGCGCUUGUUGGAUAUGAGAUGAUUAUAGCCAACUCGGCGCUACGCACCUCUUUGGCUAUCUACGAUCUCAUAUCCAACGCGUACUCGUGGAAUAAUUGUUAAAUCGCAGGGCUAAUCUAGGCGGUAGAGCAAAUCAGAUAGUUUGUAACACACUGGAAGAUCUAAGUGAAUAAGUAAAUAAAUAUUUUUUUAAGAGAUAGAGAAAAAAAAUGUUUACAAAACAAGCAGGAAUUCUGUCCGCGUACCUCUGAUACACAGACUGGAGCUAAAUCCCCCCUUUUUCUUUUGCAGGUUUCUUGGCGGGCUUUAUUGCCGUCACCGCGAUUCUCUCUCUUCUGCUGCUUGUACUGUUCAUCAGAUGCUGUCGGCGAAAAUGCUGCCGUCGAAAAAAAAAUCUGACUUUUUAUAACGACCUAUUGAAAGAUGCGCGACUCCUGGACAAGCCAGAUUAUGACUCUGACAGUUAG